AUGAUAUCGUCCUUUAACUGGGCCGCAACAGCACUCGGUUCUGUGCUGCGUGCAAAGACCAGCGAAGAGGAGUGGAAGGAUAUAUCACUCAGAAGCAACAUUUGCACUGAGGACUCUGGCAUUUUACCAAUACUCAAGCUCAGCUACAAUGAAUUAUCAUCGCGGAUGAAGCAGUGUUUUGCUUUUUGUGCUGUGUUUCCCAAGGAUUAUGUGAUUGAUGUGGACAAGCUGAUCCAACUAUGGACCGCACAUGGCUUUAUCGAGGACCAAAAAGAAGUUCGUGCUGAAACUAUUGGCAAGCGGAUUUUCAGUGAGCUGGCCUCAAGGUCAUUCUUUGUGGAUGUGAAGCAAGUCCGAGUUUCAUUUAACAAGCGCUGGCGGUGGCAUAAUUAUUCCAAAAAUACAUGUAAAAUCCAUGAUCUGAUGCAUGAUGUUGCACUAUCUACAAUGGAAAAAGAAUGUGCUCUCGCACCUGAGAAACCAGGUCAGAUUGAGUGGCUUCCAGAUACAGCUCGCCACUUACUUUUGUCUUGUGAAGAACCAGCAAGUAUUUUGAAUGAAUCUCUAGCAAAAAGAUCUCCGGCAAUCCAGACACUUAUGUGUGAUAGGAAAAUGAAACAUCCAUUACGGCAUUUAUCAAAAUACAGCUCUCUGAAGGCAUUACGCCUCUAUACAUGGAGCAUUUCAUUCCCCUUGAAGUCAAAGCACCUGCAUCACCUAAGGUACCUUGAUCUCUCAAGGAGUGAUAUCAAAACACUUCCUGAAGAUAUAAGCAUUCUAUAUAACCUGCAAACAUUGAAUGUCUCUGGCUGCGAUGAACUUUGUUGUCUUCCAAGGCAAAUGAAGUAUAUGACUGCCCUUCGUCAUCUCUACACUCAUAAUUGUCCAAAGAUGAGGAGCAUGCCUUCUGAUAUCAGAAAACUCAUGUCACUACAGACACUUACAUGUUUUGUAGCAGGCCCUACUGGCUCUGAGUGCAGUGGUGUUGGGGAGUUACAAAAGUUAAACCUUGGUGGUGAGCUACAACUACAUCAACUAGAGAAUGUGACAGGAGAAGAUGCAAAGGCAGCAAAUCUCAAAAACAAGAAGGAACUUCGAGAAUUGUCAUUAGAAUGGACUGUUGGUGGUAGGGAUGAUGCAAGAGUGCUCGAGGGUCUCAAACCUCAUGAUGGGCUGCAGGCUAUAAGGAUAGAAUCCUACGGAGGCACCACCUUUCCAACAUGGAUGGCUAUCAUGAUAAACAUGGUUGAGAUCCAUCUUUCCGACUGUAAAAAACUGCAAUGGUUAUUCAGGUGUGGUACAUCCUUCACUUUUCCAAAUCUGAAGGUGUUUACACUACAAGAUCUGGAAUGUUUGGAACGUUUGUGUGAAAUAACAGAUGAGGAACAAGAUGAAGAGAUAAUAUUUCCUCACCUUGAGAAGCUGUGUGUUAUAGGUUGUCCAAAGCUGGCAAUGAAAGCUAAAGCACCAAAGCUGACUGGGUUAGACUUCGAGGGAGUUGAGGAAGAGAUAUUCCUGUGGGUAGCUAGAUAUAUGACUUCAUUGACAACUUUGAAUCUGCAGAACCGUAUAGACACAGAAACAACUUCAGUGUCUGAUCUUAGUUUGGCACAAAUGGUUGAGGUCAAGGAAAGAUGGAACCAUCAUGAUUUCCCUUUUGCAAAGUUGAGCUUAAAUGGCUUAAAGUCAGGUGUAACCGAGCUAUGUGCAUGUUUUGUACGGCUUCAAUGGUUGUACAUCAAUGAUUGUGAUGCGCUUGUCCACUGGCCAGAGAAAGAGUUCCAAAGCUUGGUAUCCUUGAGGAAUUUGGAGAUUGCAGACUGCAAACAUGUGGUUGGGUACGCACAAGCCCCUGCAGCUGAGCCAUCAAUAGCAUCCUCAAGUCAGCUCCUGCCACGUCUUGAGUUUGUCCGGAUAAGUGGUUGUGAGAGCAUGGUAGAGGUCUUCAAACUCCCUGCAUCCUUGAGGAAAAUGGAAGUUGUUGAUUGCACUAAGCUCAAGUCCAUAUUCAGCAGGAGUCUGCAGCAGGGACAAUCAGCAUCAUCGAUUCUUCAAGGGUCACCUAUACAUUCUUCAAGGGUGGAACAGUUUCCCUUUCCAUGUUUAGAAGAGAUAUUCAUAUCUGUUUGUGACAGCUUAACAGGGGUCCUCCAUCUUCCCCCAUCCCUCAAGAAAAUUACAGUUUAUGACUGCUGCGAGUUGAGAUCAGUGGAAUCUCACUCAGGAGAGUUCCCAUCAUUGGAGAGCCUCGAGAUUGGAAAUUGCGAAACCCUGUCAUCCCUACCGGAUGGGUCGCAAUCAUACUCAUCUCUUGAGUAUCUUACAAUUGAAAACUGUCCUGGUAUAAAGAGGCUCCCAACAUGCCUGCAGCAACGUCUAAGCAGCCUCAGGUACAAAAGUGUAUAUGCCCGCUAUCAAGAGACUAGUCUUGUGAAGCCCAAGACAUGGAGAAAUAUAAUCCGCUUAGAUUGGUGAGAUGUCAUGAUGUCUCACGCCAUCACUAUGGGAAGCUACGACCAAUCAGCAGCAGGGUCUAUAUCUAGAGUUUUUUUUCAAUAGUCACUGUAUCACCAACUGCAUGUGUGGACUGUAAGAGCAAAUGCCCGUUGGUCAUUUUGUUCGU